AUGCAACAACUUCGAAUAGUUAUUCAUAUAAUUGUGAAUGUCAUACUGAUCUCUUACUUACAUUGUGAAGAUUUAAGUGUUAACAUUGUUCCAAUUAGUUCUCGCUUUACUACAAAACAAGAUGUAACUAUUAAUCUAAAUUAUAAAAACAAAGGUUCAAAAUCCAUGUUGAUUUAUAAAUGGUAUUUACCAACUGAACAAUUAUUUGAUCCACUAUUUGAAGUGACUCGUGAUGGAAAAUCUGUUGAAUAUAUUGGUCCACUUGUAAAACGACGUUCACCCAAGACGGAAGAUAUGAUUUCAAUUGGAUCGGGGCAGACGAUGAGUACUCGUGUCCAAUUAUCUUCGGUGUACAAUAUGACAGAAACUGGAAAUUAUGUUAUUCAAUUUAAAGCAAAAAUUAAAUCAACAUCUAGUUCAUCGAAAAUUGAAAGUUUAUCUUCAUCGAAUGUUCUAGAUGAAUCAGCGUUAGAAUCUCCUCCUAUCAAAUUGUUUGCUGAAGGUCGUUCCAAUUCAAUUCUCAAUGAAAUUCAAUCAAAAUUAGCGUCUCAAUCCCGAUCAACCACCUAUUCCUUCACAAGUUGUUCAUCAACUCAACAAACUUCCAUUAUCUCUGCUAUCAAAUCAGCUGCAAGUUAUUCCUCAAAUUGUGUUCAAUAUCUAACAAAAUUUACUCUUCCAGCUUCAUCACGCUACACAACCUGGUUUGGAACAUAUUCAUUAAAUAAUCUCAUGACAUUAAGAACACAUUUUACGAAUAUCAAUUCUGUUCUUAGUUCGAAACCAAUGUCAUUUGAUUGCAGUUGUCAAGAAAAGAAUACUUUUGCUUUUGUCUAUGCAAAUAUACCUUAUAAAAUCCACUUAUGUCCUGAAUUUUGGACAUCCGCGACAGUUGGUACGGAUUCAAAGGCAGGAACACUCGUUCACGAAACAUCGCAUUUUACAAUCGUGGCAGGAACAAAAGAUAAUGCAUAUGGACAAACGGAUGCAAAGAAUUUAGCAAAGAAAAAUCCGACUUUGGCUCUGAACAAUGCGGAUAAUCAUGAGUAUUUUGCGGAGAAUAAUCCAGCUUUAAAAUAA